AUGCAAAAGUUGAAGAUGUUGAUCGAUGCAGGGAUCGAACCUGCGAUCCUCUGCGUAAGUGGAGCCGAGUCCGCCAUGCGAGCUCCGUACGUCACAUCCAGCGCUUCAAAAUUGCGAGAGCUUCCGACUGCCAGUCAGUAA